AUGGCCUCGAAAGAGUUCUCAGACAACCCAGUCCGUGAGCCACAAGAAGACAAAGAGAUCACAAAGCUGAAAACGCUGCUUAAAUCCAAAGAUGACACAGAGCGCUUCGUCGGCCUGGCCUUGUUAAAAUCGCUCCUCGACAACACACCAGCCAUUCGCAACGAUGAAGCCGCAGUACGCACUCUAUGGUCGCACAUCCCGCCGAGAUUCCUCGACCGUCUGCUGCGCACCGGCUCCAGCCUGUCCAACGCCAACGCCAAGGACAUGCUCGACAUUGGCGUCUCCAUCCUGUACACCUUUUCCAUUUUGCUCCCGGCGGCUGACACGGCGGCACCGUCCUUUACAGCGCGCAUACCGAGCCUGGUGGCCGCCGCUCUAUACAGCACCGGCGAGACGACGGGACUCCUGCUCCAGACGCUGUACACGCUCGUCAACUCGGGCGAGGGCGCCGACGUGCUGAUGCAGGUCGAGGACACGACGCCGCUCUCGGAAAUCGCCACGAGCCAUGCCAUGGUGCUGGACAUUUUUGGUCGCGCGUGGCUGCACCGCAUGGCGGGCGGCGCGCCAGGCGCAGGUUUUGCGCAAAAGGUAGAUGCCGUCAUACAGAGCCUGGCCGUCCUCUUUAAAGGGACGGAUGGUGUCACAUACUUGGCCUUCAUGGGCAACUUUCUACAUCACUCUACACCAGAGGCCAUCCCUAAAGAUCCAAAAUGGAUAUCAGCAACGGCUUCAUAUAUACAGCGUCUUGUUGCCAGCAGGCCUACUCCCGAGGCUCGCGCUGCCUACACGAGCGCAGCAGCCGGCCUACUACAAGCAUACCCUGAGCAGGCCUCGGAGCUUCUCUUCAAGGACCCCACCAACACCGAGAAGCCCUUUGGCUACCUCUUCAUAAACCUCCUCCUCAUCGACAUCCGUUCCUCCAUCCCCAUGCUGCUCGCCUCCCUCAACGCCCCCGACUACCACCCGACCGCGAAGCGCCUCGCCGCCGCGUACGACAUUGUCUGCCUCUUCAUCAGCUUCCUCGUGCGCUCCCUCGAGGACGACUGCCUCGACGCCCUCAUCAUGCCGCCCGACAGCCUGCUCCGCCUCCGCAAGGGCAUCGCCGAGACCAUGUCCGUGACGGUCGAGUACGUCCGCGACCGGUGGGACGCAGCGCGCUCCGGCGCCAUGGGCUUCGACCCCAGCGCGCGCGCCGCCAAGGCGGAGACGCACACCGGCGCGCACCACACGCUUACGUGGGACACGGCGGACGCCGGGGGCGCCGACGAGGACGCGUUCCUGCUGUCGGCGCUGCGCGCGCUGACGCUCUGGCUACGCGAGGACGAGAACGAGCAGCUACGCGAGGAGGGCACCGGCCUCGUCGACGUGCUCAUGGAGCUCUUCAUCAACAGCCCGACGGAGAAGCUCGACUUCCGGCCCGCGGUGCUCGUCGGCCUCGAGGGCCUCGUCGCCAUCCGCCUCGGGCGCGCCAUGUUCCUGCAGCAGAGCGGCUGGGCCAUCCUCACCGGGGACCUGGUCAACACCCUCCACAGACACCGCGAGGUCGCGGACGACAGGGAGGCGACCAUGUGCGUGGACAUUGUCCGCAUCCUGCUCGCCGUUGCCGAGGCGGGCAAGAGCACCCAGGAGUCGUGGCUCGAUCUCGUCACCGGCGUCGCCGCUUGGGAUGUGCCGGCCGGCGACGGCGCGUCCGCCGCUCGCGACGCGCACGUGGCCGUCUUGCAGCUCUGCUGCACCGUGCUCGCGCAGGCCAACCCGGGCCUGCGCAGCCGGUACAGGCACUCCAUUGCCGCCAUUGCGGGCAUCGCGACGCAGAUCCACGAGCAAGUCGGGCACUUGAGCGAGUACAGCGAGCAAAUGGAUGAUGUGAUUGCGACUUUGGAUAAAUUACGAUAA